CCCUCCGCUGCAGAGGAAACUGAGAAAGACAUCAACCCCUACAGACAGAACCACAUCAACCCCUACAGACAGAACCACAUCAACCCCUACAGACAGAACCAUGGACAACAGAGUUCUCCUUCUUCUCACUCUCAGCACUUGUGUGGCACUAGCACAGAACAUGGGUUCCAGUAUGGGCCAACGCUGCGUCUGUCGCAGAAUUCGGGGUAAAUUUGGAUCCCCAAAACAGAUUAUGGACAUCCAAAUCCUCCCUCCUUCCCAUUCUUGUGACAAAUUGGAGAUUGUAGUGAGUCUUAAAAACGGUCUACAGUACUGUAUGAAUCCAAAGGCUGAAAAUGUGGAGAAGGUUAUCAGGUCCAUCAUUGCAAUGAAGAAAAAGGCCACAGCUCCAAGCACGACAACCACCAGCACCACCAGCAGCAGCAGCAAUGAUGAGUAGGAGAGAGACGAUGGCCCUGAUGACUCCUGUUUGAGAAUUGUUAUCAACUAGCCACUGUUAGAUAAAUAACUGUUCUUUUGCUUUCAUAUGCAUUUCAGUAUAAGCUAACAGAAUUCAAGGACUGCACAAUUUCUUGUCUAUGUUUCAGUGUAUUUCUCUGAACUUAUUCAAAUAACUAAAGUUCAGAAAAUGUAUUUUAAAGAAAAGGUUGUUUGCCAUAAAAAAAUAAAAGUACAUGUUGACACCCCAGCCCUAGAGAGUUCAUUCAUUCAAACAUUUGAUGCAUUAUGUAACAGUAUUUCAG